CUUUUGGUCACAAGUGUAAACAAAAAUGAUCUGUGUGGCUGACGUUUAAGAUUUGUUGUAAAUGUGUCUGUUCUGUCUUAUGGCUGUGAUAUUUUUAUGAAUAUGGCUUCAGUUAAAGUAGCAGUACGGGUUCGACCCUUCAAUCAAAGGGAAAUUGACUUGAACUCUUCAUGUAUUGUAGAAGUUGAAGACAAGAAAACAAGACUUAUUAAUCAUAAGGUAAAUACAAUUGAGGGUGGAGAGAAUCGAGAGCGUAUUAAGGACUUCACGUUUGACUAUUCCUAUUGGUCUCACAGAGAUUCUGAUAGACAUUUUGCUCCACAGGAGCAAAUCUACGAAGACUUGGGUACAGAUGUUGUAUCCAAUGCUCUGCAAGGCUAUAACGCUUGUGUCUUUGCCUAUGGACAAACAGGAAGUGGCAAGACCUUCACAAUGAUGGGAUCUCAGGUCAAUCCUGGACUCAUUCCCAGGAUUUGUGAGGCUCUGUUUUCAUCAAUGGCUGAAGGAAGAGAAGCUGGAACUACUUACAAAGUUGAAGUAAGCUACUUGGAAAUCUACAAUGAACGUGUAAAGGACUUGUUGAGACAAGGUACCCACAAGAACACACAUUCCCUUCGUGUUAGAGAGCACCCAAAACUUGGUCCAUACGUUCAGGAUCUCUCCUGUCAUCUGGUCCAUCACUAUCAUGAUAUACAGGAGUUGAUGAGAAGAGGAAACUCUCAUCGUACAACUGCAAGCACCCACAUGAAUGACACGAGUUCAAGAAGUCAUGCUAUAUUUACUGUAACUUUCAUUCAGGCCAAACUCUUAUCAGAUACACCAUUAGAAACUCGGUCCAAAAUUCACCUGGUUGAUUUAGCAGGCAGUGAGAGAGCAGAUGCAACAGGGGCAACUGGGCAAAGACUUAAAGAAGGUGCUCACAUUAAUAAGUCAUUGGUGACUCUAGGCUCGGUCAUCAGUGCUUUGGCGGAGCAGGCCUCGAAGGCCACCUCAGGGAAGAAUGUCUUCAUUCCAUACCGUGAUUCAGUCCUCACCUGGUUGUUGAAAGAUUCCCUCGGUGGCAACUCUAAAACUAUCAUGAUUGCUACAAUAUCACCUGCUGAUGUGAAUUAUGGGGAGACGCUCAGUACAUUGAGAUAUGCCAACCGAGCCAAGAAUAUCAUUAACAAGCCUACUAUCAAUGAAGACCCCAACGUGAAGCUCAUUAGAGAGUUGCGUGAAGAAAUUCUUCUCCUCAAAGCACUGAUUAAGGAGACACAAGUUAUUGGACCUGAAGCAAACAGUGAAACUGGGAGCAUAAUGGAAGCUCUGAGUCAGAAACAAGCAAAAGAGAAGGAGUUAACUGAUCAGUGGACUGAGAGAUGGAGUGAGACACACACAAUACUACAAGAGCAGAAAACUCUUGGCCUUAGGAAAGCCGGACAAGGUGUGGUUUUGGACUCGGAUAGACCACAUCUUGUAUUGAUAGAUGACAACCUUCUAACUACAGGUGUUACUCUUUAUCACCUUAAUGACGGAAUCACAACAAUUGGUUCCCUACCAGUGCAAGAUAUUAGACUGGAGGGUGGGGAAGUAUUAGAGGAGCACUGUACCAUUGAGCUUCAUGAUGGUUCAGCGACAUUGGAGUCCAAACCUGAUGCCCAGUGUUGGGUUAAUUCUGAGUUUGUUGACAAACCAAGGAAACUCACACAAGGUUGUGUAGUGGUGCUAGGAGGGAGUCACAUGUUCCGUUAUAAUGAUCCCCAAGAAGCAGCUAGACUAAGAAAAGAGGGAAAUAAAUCACAUCUAAACCUUUCGCGGCUCUCCUUCCUGUCUAGAUCAGCUACUGAUCUAAUUAGAUCAUAUGACAAUCUUCCUGGGAUGGAGAGUGAUCAAGAUAAGACCCACUCCAAUGGUAGCAGCCCUUCACGAAGGACAAAGCUUUCACAGUUAGCAGAGGUAACAGAUCAUUGUGAAAUUUCAACACAGACAAGCCUCCAUACGCACAGUCAACCUACCACACCUACUGGUGGCCAUCUUGAAGAGUGUAUCAAUAAUCAUGCACUCAGAAAGUCCAGCUUAACACUACCACUGGUGGGAGAAAGAGAAAAUUCAGCUGCAGCUUCCAAUUCAGUCAACUCAACUCCUGCAUCAGAUACAUUUUACACAGCUACCUCUGUCCUUUCCCCAGACCCUCAUGACCUGACAUCACCCUUGUCUCCUCUACCUCUUGAUGUGCCUCACUCUGCAACUGAACUGCAUAAAGAGGAGUCAAGCAAGUGUGUUCUUGGUGCCUUUGGUGAUGAAAAAAAUAACUUUCCUUCUGAAGUGCCUACAGAAGAUACAGUAGAUUUUGAUGUAACUUCACAUUUUGAGACAGGGGAUAUUGAUAUUUGUGCAUCUGUGUACAAAUCUCCAAGUGUCAUUGAUUCUGAAAAUGUCUCUUGUAUUUUUCCACCCAAUGAUAGUGAUGCUAUCUCUCAGGAUCAAAAGCUUUUACCAGCUAUAAAUUAUGCAAAUUUAGAAGGUGCAUCUAACACAGUUAACAUCAGUACAUCUCCUGUUCUCCAAGAUGGUGGCCAUUUGAAGUUUCCAGGGUCUCCCAUAGAAUCAGAAGCCACAUCUACACCUAUCAGAGCAGGAAGUACUCGUGCACUUAAAAAGGGGUUUGGAAGUACGAGUAAUCAGUUACACGAUGGAGAUAAAAGAGAAAACUCAAGUUUGUGUUUGUAUAAAGUAAAAGUAAAAAAGCUGGCAUGUGAUUUAAACAGUGCACCAUUGAACAUUAUAUCUGAUAACCCCGAUUCCUCUGUCUCAGAAAUUGAUAAUGAUAUCUCUGAAUCAGAUAACAACAAUUGUUCUUCUGGAAAUGGAAACAAGGAAGGUAAUCAGUCACAAAAACAUGAAAGUCAUUAUAAAUGUAUUGAUGGUAACCCCAUAGCCAGAGUAAAAGACAGCAGUGUGUUGAAUAACGAAACUGAUACAUCAUCAGUUUGGUUCUCUGGGGUGGACAGAAGUGAAGGAAGUGCAUUAAUAUCUCCAGACACUGAAGCUGCCAAAGCAGCAGAAGUACUUUUAAGACUGAGAGACAACACUGAUAAUUCUAAUGUCAGCAUAAAUGAAAAGGUACGUCAUACACAUUAUAAUUGUAUAAAGUACAAGGUAAAUAAUAUUUGCUUAAAGACUUCCAAUUACUUGAUAGAGGCUGGAGACCAUGCGGGACUUCUGAGAGGGGUGAGGGUCUUAACACCAUCAGAAGUGAGGCCAUACACUUCAAUGAGUGCUGGCUAUGAUAUGGAAGGGGAAAUUGGAAACCGACUAUAUCAAAGUGCCACGUCUGCAGAUGAUCUGCUACUCACACCUGCUCCUAUGCAGUCACCUUUAACAGGUGACUUUGAUAUGUCUUGUGGAAUCUGUAUCAGCAUCCCAGGUUAUGAAAUGAGGGGAGCUGGCUCAUCGGCACAUUGGGAGUAUGAGAUAAAAAUUUCAGCGGGAAAUGAUUCUUGGGCAGUUUUCAGAAGAUAUAGAAGAUUCAGGGAACUUCAUAUGUACAUGUGUCAUAAAUAUGGUCCACCUGUCGAGGAGCUCUACUUUCCCCCUCGGCGACUCUUUGGGAAUUUCACAGAGAGAGUAGUCGCUGAGCGCAGGGUGCAGCUUGAAGUGUACCUACAGCAACUUAUUGUUCUGUGCAGCGAGUUAGAAGCAUCUCCGCUGUGUGGUGCUCCUCCAUCACGUGUCACUUUGGCAUACUUCUCUCCCUUCUUUCAACGAGGAGUGUUUGAAACAGCCAGACACACUACGAGUUAGGAUGGCAUUGACAGAUAUAUUCUUCAAGAUGAUAAAGUUUAUGACUUGUUUUUCCUUACCAAUAAGUGUUAUGUUUAAGAAAACAUUUCACGAGCAGGGAGGGUAGGGCUGUGUAUUUUGAUUAAAAGAUUUGCAAAUGUGUAUGAUCUGUAUUCAGAAAACUGAUAAAAUUAUAAAUCAGUAUUUAUUAACAUAAGAAUCAACAUAAAAAUUCAAAGCAAAUCUGUAGAAAUGUUAAUAAUUACUCUAAGGAAAUUUUCCUACCAUAUUUAUAUAAAAAGUGACUAGAUGAUAUAAGGUGCAAUGUAGGUUACCAGUAAACAUACAAAGAUAGAAAAUAUUUAGGUGUAUAUUUCUCUAAUUACUAGUAGUACUAGUAAAUAAGGCAACAAGAUUUAUACGUAAAGAGUUAAUCAAAACUAUUUAAAGGUAUGAUAGCCAUUUUUUGUUCAGUAUGUAAUUUUUAUUGCAGCACUUGGGAUGAGAGAGCACAGCAACCUUAUAGAAUCACUCCUUGUAAGAUAUAUAGGAGAGCUGUAUGACCCUUACAGGUGUAGUGCUUGUUUUUGAGUACAGUACAGUAUAGUAAUAUUAAUAAUAUAAGACAUUAGGAGUCACUUCAUAGGUUACCAGUAAUUAAUUCAUUUUAUAUUGCUUUCAUAAAAUUUUUCACUUAAUUGAAUUGAAAAGUAUUCUCACAUAAGGUAAGACAACAUUGCAAUAUAAGGUAUGCGAGGCAGCUUUAUCAUAUUUUGAAGUCAAGAGAAUCUCAGUUUGGUGUUUUCAAAGAUCAGGGGACACUCUUCUCUACUAUAAUAAAUACAAAUGCAUUAUUGUGAUAUUAUAUAUUAUUAAUAUUAAUAGAAGUUUAACCGUGUAAUUAUACAAACAGUCAGUACACUGCAUUUCAUGAUGCUAAUGAUCUGAAGCCAAACAAUUGAUAAAGACAGACCAAUUUUUUACACUAAGUUAAGGUCCAAAUACUUCAUUGGUGCUUAAGGCAGUUCUCCCAAAAUGUAGCAUUUAGAUGCAUAAUAUGGCAGAUUUUGGCAAAGAAACAGAUCUCAUUAGUGCUUACAGGUACAUUGCCUAUUUUCCAGCACCCUUCGUUCCUAGGCUUUGCCUGUAUAAUGAAUUUGUCACUAAGCAAGGAGUAUACUAUAAUAGUAGUGGGUUUCUGUCAACCAUCUUUGAUAUUGUUUUAAUGUCAACUUUGCACCAUUUAUAACAUUUUUAGUAUAUUUUUAAAUGUUUAUACAGUAGUGUACUGUAUAUUGUAAUAAACAGAAUACAGGAAAUCAGCUCUAAUAUACUUUAUUUAGGUACACAUACUGGUCAGAGAGCCCAUCGUAAGUCCGAGUCGCUAGUAAACGAGUAUGUCUCUAAGUGAGGAGAGGCUGAAAGAAUAAUAAUAAUUCAGCAUUAUGCCUUUAAGGCACUAUGGACUCCUGGAAACUUAAAUCAAACAUUAGCUUAAAUGAAAUAGGUUACUUUAUUACUGUACUUUAAAGAAUAUUUCAGUACUACCACUACCAAAAUGGUAAAAUUUAGAAUUUUACUGGAGCUGUAGAGCUAAUCACUAAGGUUGGCAAAAUAUAUUAAGAAUGGCAUAAAAUUAAAGGGUCACCAUCAACAACAGUGUAAACAACAAAAUUAAGCACACACCUCACAUAACACCAUCUGUGGACACCUAGGGAACUAUUUUGGCAAAAUCUAGUCUCAUAAUUUGGUUUGGCCAGAAGAGGUGCUGGAUGAUCCAUUGCUGGUAAAUUGGUGUUGUACCUGUAUUUGCAUAUUUUUAUCCUUUAAAAUGUACUGAAACAUUCUUUAUAAUACUAACAAACAUGGGUUUAUGAUGUAAAUUCUUGUCAUAAUUUUUAUCGUAAUUGUUGAGAAUUGAAUUUUCUCAUUAUUUUCAUUAAUUAAUGGCCUGUAUCACAUGUUUUAAUAUUUGAUUAGCAGUGGUUAGCUAAUAAUAUAUGAAUAUAAUUCCAGAUAUACUCAAUUAAUAUAGAGGUAUAAGAAGAGAUGUUAAAGGAAUAUACUGUAGGUGAUACAAUCACUAUUUGUUUAUUUACUAUUCAUACAUUUUAGUGUCAGUAACUCUUUUCACCACCAAGAUCGUGAUUUCAAAGGUGUUCUAUCUCUGGCUGCAGAAGUUGCAGUUUUACUCUGGCUGCCAUAAAUUUGUCAAAAAAAAUAUUUGCUGUUUUGCAGUGAUUUUAGAACCAAGAGGUGCAAGUUCAGUGUGUUAGGUGCUACAAUCUUCUGGCCAGAAUUAAAGGUCUGCAUAUUCACAGAGCACCUCUGGCACACCCACCUCACGUGGGAUUAUCAUUUUAAUCCGAUACCCUGUAAUAUAUUUUAAGCAGUAAAUAGCAUGCAAAAUUUUUUGGUAAAUGUAGUGUUGUAUUGUAAAUAUAAAAAAAUGGGAAAUAUGUUUUGAAUUCACGAUUAAAUGAGGUGAAAGCAUAAGGUAAAUCUCUCUUGCUGUCUCUCUCUUCACAUUUCCCUCCCAUCCCACACACUUCAGUUGUCUCUGAAAUCUUGUCUUAAAUCUAGAGUUGUUCAGUAUAAGCAAGCACUGAGUGAAACAAACUUAAAAGGAGCAAGAGAGUUUGAAUAGGGAGGAGUAUAUGGAGUUAAAUCAGGUGUAUCUGAGAGAACCAGAGCAAAUGGAGUAAAGGUAAUAUUAAAUGAACAAUUGUAGAAAGAAAGAGGUUUUAGUUUUACCUUCAAAAAUUAUGUGGAGUCGAGUGAAAGUAAGAUAAGAGAAGUGACUGGGUGUGCAUGUGCGACUGAUAUCUCAGAUCAUUUUUAUAAUAACCACAGUGAUUAUGUACAAUUGUUUCUGGUUGAGAUAGUAUUUUAUUGUGCAAAUGGUAAAAAAUGUAACCAAAACAAAUGGAACCCAACAAAACUAACUUAAUUAAAUUUCCACCAAAGGUAUGGUGUGUGUGUUUGUUUACAUUCAGCUGGCACGUGACACUACUCAGUAAUGAGCAUUGAUUGGCUCAGAUGUAUUACACAACCAAAAUUAAUGGACUACUUUCACUAUUAUCUCUCAAAAUAUCAGGUUGCACAAGAAACAUUUAUUCCAUCGGGUAUUUAGGUUGUAUGUAUCGUAUAAUAUAAACUAAUACAGCCUCUCCUCACUUAACGACAAAGUUCCAUUCCUCAAUGUCGGUAAGCGAAUUCGUCACUAAGCAAGGAGCAUACUAUAAUGGUAGUGGGUUUGUGACAAAACAAUCUUUUAUAUUGUUUUAAUGUCACCUUUGCACCAUUUAUAACAUUUUUAGUAUAUUUUUAAAUGUUUAUACAGUAGUGUUCUGUAUAUUGUAAUAAACAGAAUAGAGGAAAUCAGCUCUAAUAUACAUUAUUUAGGUAUGCAAUAUGGUCAGAGAUCCUGUUGUAAGUCCAAGUCAUCAGUAAACGAGUAUGUCGCUAAGUGAGGAGAGGCUGUACUCAAGUUAGGUAACCUUAGCUGUAGCUACAGUAAUAGAAAGAGGCAGAUGGAGUACAAGAAGAAUCGUUUCAGUGUGUAAGAAAAAGUGAAAGUGAAUGAACUGAAGCAGGGAACACUUCGUGGGAGGUAUGAGCAAUUGUUGAAAGAAAGGAGGGCCAGAGAGAGUAUAGGUAAUGAGGAGGUUGAGGAAGUAUGUGGUAAAUUUAAGAAUGGAGUGCCAGAAUGUACAGCAGAGGUUUGUGUUACAGGAGUUUGGGGUGUCAGUGGAACAAGGAAUGAUUGGCAGAAUUAUGAUGUAAGGAGGGUGGUAAGAGAGGAAAUAUAGGCAUAAGAAUGACUUUUAUAAUGCAGAAAUUAUGUACAGAAGGCAGAGUACAGUGGACCCCCGCAUAACGAUCACCUCCGAAUGUGACCAAUUAUGUUAGUGUAUUUAUGUAAGUGCGUUUGUACGUGUAUGUUUGGGGGUCUGAAAUGGACUAAUCUACUUCACAAUAUUCCUUAUGGGAACAAAUUCGGUCAGUACUGGCACCUGAACAUACUUCUGGAGUGAAAAAAUAUCGUUAACCGGGGGCCCACUGUAUAUGUAAACAGAGGAUAACUGAGUGGUGAUGGACUGCAAAAAGAGAGCGAAUGAGAACAUGAGUGUCUCAGUAGAUUUUGUGAGAAUAAAAAAUGGAUUUUGUAGGUAGUAGGUUGGUAGACAGUAACCAUCCAGGGGGGUGCUACCAUUCUGCCAAGUGAGUGUAAAACAAAAGCCUGUAAUUGUUUUACAUGAUGGUAGGAUUGCUGGUGUCUUUUGUCGUCUCAUAAAUAUGCAAGAUUACAGGUACGUCUUGCUACUUCUACUUACACUUAGGUCACACUACACAUACAUGUACAAGCAUAUAUAUACACACCCCUCUGGGUUUUCUUCUAUUUUCUUUCUAGUUCUUGUUCUUGUUUAUUUCCUCUUAUCUCCAUGGGGAAGUGGAACAGAAUUCUUCCUCCGUAAGCCAUGCGUGUUGUAAGAGGCAACUAAAAUACCAGGAGCAAGGGGCUAGUAACCCCUUCUCCUGUAUAUAUUACUAAAUGUAAAAGGAGAAGCUUUCAUUUUUCCUUUUGGGCCACCCCGACUCGGUGGGAUACGGCCGGUGUGUUGAAAGAAAGAAGAAAAAAUGGAUUUGGAGAGAGAUGAAUAAAUUGAGAAAGCUUAAGAGCAAAUUGACGGGGCAGUUAAGAAUGAAGGAAGUGAGAUUUUUUAGGUGGGAGGUCGAGGUACUAGAAAGAUGGAGAAAAUCUUCUGAGGGGUUGUUGUUAAAUGUUGAUAAAUGUUGUCUGAGGGCAAUGUGUGGUGUGAAUAUAAUGCAGAGAAUUCGUAGUUUGGAAGUUAGGAGGAGGUGCGGGAUUACCAAAACUGUUGUCCAGAGGGCUGAGGAAGGGUUGUUGAGGUGGUUCGGACAUGUAGAGAGAAUGGAGCGAAACAGAGUGACUUCAAGAGUGUAUCAGUCUGUAGUGGAAGGAAGUCUGGGUAGGGGUCGGCCUAGGAAAGGUUGGAGGGAAGGGGUAAAGGAGGUUUUGUGUGCGAGGGGCUUGGACUUCCAGCAGGCAUGCGUGAGCGUGUUUGAUAGGAGUGAAUGGAGACAAAUGGUUUUUAAUACUUGACGUGCUGUUGGAGUGUGAGCAAAGUAACAUUUAUGAAGGGGUUCAGGGAAACCGGCAGGCCGGACUUGAGUCCUGGAGAUGGGAAGUACAGUGCCUGCACUCUGAAGGAGGGGUGUUAAUGUUGCAGUUUAAAAACUGUAGUGUAAAGCACCCUUCUGGCAAGACAGUGAUGGAGUGAAUGAUGGUGAAAAUUUUUCUUUUUUGGGCCACCCUGCCUUGGUGGGAAUUGGCCAGUGUGAUAAUAAAUAAAGAAAAAAAAGGGAGGAGGUGAUAUCCCAGGCAGAAGAAAGAAUGAGCCAGGAGUGAAUGGAUGAAAUUCAUGUAGCAGUGGGUAUUACAAAAUAUAAAAGUCUCAGGACAUGUGGGAUUUUGACAAAGAUCCUGAAAGAAGGUGAGGUAGUGCUGGAGUGGCUGGUAUAUAGUUUGAUAUAUGCGUGAAAGAAGAGAAGGUAUUUAAAGACUGGCAGAGAGAAUGAAUAGCUUUUUGUAUAAGGGAGAAGAGGACAAGAGCCAGUGUGAGAAUUGUAAGGAAAUAAUCUUGUUACAUUUGCAAGGUAAAUUGUGUGGUAGUUGUUACCAUUACUACUACUUACAGAAUGUAGUAUCAGGGAUUUCUGGCAUUAUAAGAAGAAUGUUGCAAUUUUUUCAAUGAUAUUCAGUCAAAAUCAGUCUUCACUGAUUCAUGUUAUGAGAGGGUUUACUGUAGCAUUAAACAUUACUUAAUGUAUACAUAUUAAUUAAAUAGAAGAGAGCUACAGUAGAUUAUCCCCAGUAGAGUACAGAUGUAUAGGGGCUGGCAGCAGCUGGGCUGCCUCCAUCUCUUUCUCAUUCUCACUCUCUUAUUUACUCUGGCGUUGUAGAUGAAUGGGUCAGAGAACUGACAAGUUGAUAAAUUAGACACAUGUGCAACACUUGGGUAUCUUUAUUGAGGAAACGUUUCGCCACACAGUGGU